AUAUAUAUAUAUAUGUUUUCAUCCAUGAUGGCGGAAGAUAGCGAGUCCGCAGCCAGUCAGCAGAGCCUGGAGCUGGACGACCAGGACACCUGCGGAAUAGAUGGCGAUAACGAGGAGGAGAAUGAACACAUGCAAGGGAGUCCGGGGGGAGACUUGGGGGCUAAGAAGAAGAAGAAGAAACAGAAGAGAAAGAAAGAGAAGCCGAGCUCUGGAGGGGGCAAGUCAGACUCUGCCUCAGACUCACAGGAGAUAAAGAACCCAGGGCUGCCCAUGCAGAAGCUGCAGGACAUCCAGAGAGCCAUGGAGUUGCUGUCCUGCCAGGGACCAGCUAAGAGCAUCGACGAGGCCACCAAACACAAGUACCAGUUCUGGGACACACAGCCAGUACCUAAACUCAAUGAGGUUGUAACCAGCCAUGGGCCCAUGGAGGCUGACAAGGACAACAUCAGACAGGAGCCCUACUCUCUACCACAGGGCUUUAUGUGGGACACGCUGGACCUCAGCAACGCUGACGUGCUGAAGGAGUUGUACACCUUGUUGAAUGAGAACUAUGUGGAGGAUGAUGACAACAUGUUUAGAUUUGAUUACUCACCCAGCUUUCUCAAAUGGGCGUUGCGUCCUCCAGGCUGGUUGCCCCAGUGGCAUUGUGGGGUGAGGGUUUCCUCCAAUAAGAAACUGGUUGGUUUCAUCAGUGCCAUUCCUGCUGAUAUCCACGUCUAUGACACCUUAAAGAAAAUGGUUGAGAUCAACUUCCUGUGUGUUCAUAAGAAAUUGCGUUCAAAGCGUGUGGCUCCAGUUCUGAUCAGAGAGAUCACACGAAGGGUUAACUUGGAGGGUAUAUUCCAGGCCGUCUACACGGCAGGAGUGGUUCUACCCAAACCUGUGUCUACCUGCAGGUACUGGCAUCGUUCUCUGAACCCCAGGAAGCUGGUGGAGGUGAAAUUCUCUCACCUGAGCAGAAACAUGACGCUGCAGAGAACCAUGAAAUUGUACAGACUACCAGACAGCACUAAGAUCCCGAGCUUGCGAGCGAUGGAGAGGCGUGACGUGCGGCAGGUGACGGAGCUGCUGCAGAAACACAUGAGACGUUUCCAGCUGGCGCCCUCUAUGGGCGAGGAGGAGGUGGCACACUGGUUCCUCCCUCAGGACAACAUCAUAGACACAUUUGUAGUGGAGGGUGCUGGUGGUGUGUUGACAGACUUCACUAGUUUCUACACCCUGCCCUCCACAGUGAUGCACCAUCCACAGCACAGAAGUCUAAAGGCUGCUUACUCCUUCUACAGCGUUCACACACACACACCACUACUGGACCUGAUGAAUGACACUCUCAUACUGGCCAAACUGAAAGGAUUUGAUGUGUUUAAUGCUCUGGACCUGAUGGAGAACAAGGUGUUUCUGGAGAAGCUCAAAUUUGGCAUCGGAGACGGCAACCUGCAGUAUUACCUCUUUAACUGGAAAUGUCCCCCCAUGGACCCCGACAUGGUUGGCCUUGUUCUUCAAUAACUAGUCUGUCUGUGACUGCUACACACUGAGGUCAAAGGUCUUCUUUGACCCCUAACAUCACUCAACCUGGACACACAGGUAGUCCCAAACUAGAAGAAGACGAUGACAACAAUCAACCAAUCAAAGUGAUCGGGAGGUGUGCAUCACUUUGAGCAUCUCUCCUGGAUCAUUUUUAUCAUGGAGAACAUUCUCUCUGCUCACCCGGAACUGCUAACUCUUUUUAACCAUCAACAUCCUGAAUGUGAAGUCAUGCUCUGCCUGAGACAGACUCUUGUACAGUACACACACACUACAUGAAAAGAAGGAAGACUUGCAUCCAUAAUGUUUUUCUUGUUUUAUUCAAAAAGGUGCAUUGGUAACCGUGUUUGUUGGACAGUGCAGUAACCUGUACAUUUAAUGCCAGAACACAUGUAUUCCUGUAGUGUGGAAUAUGGGGGGUGGGAGAGGAAAGAUUCAACUAGCGUAGAUGUUAUUGACUUUGGUGUUCCUAUGAACGGUUAAGAGGGGAGGGGAUUCUAGGGAUUUUUGAGGAAGAAUGUAUUUGAAGCACAAAUCUUAAGUUCUUAACUGAGUGAAAGGCUCCUUAUAACAACCCCAGGUGCAUUUUAUAUAUUGAUUAUUUCUGUUUUGUGUGUUUAGGUUUUUCAAUAUCUGAGUGUUUGAGAAACAUAAAAUGCAGGAUGGGAAUUUUAUUUUUUAAAAUUGUUUUUAUUUAUUUUUUGUAUUUGUGCAGCUAACAGCAUAUAUUAUUUUAAAAAGGUCCCAAUUUUUCCCCAGGCACAAUUCUGAUAUUUAGGAUUGUGCUUAUAUGUUGUGUGUUCUGUCACCAUUCCUCCCAUGUCUGUCAGUAUUUGUUAAAACCCCUUAAAAAUCAAACCUGCAUCUUCACCUAUAAAUAAAGGUUUUGGGUUGGAGUAUCAGGCAGCUCCUUGUGUAUGAUCCAGAACAUGAAGGAACCUGUGAUGAGAGAGAACAGCUGUUCUGUUUGCUGAUGUCGUCAUGGUUACUACAGUUAGAUAUACAAGUGUCCCUGUCAAUGAGAAACUGAGUUAGUUGAUUGUGUUCGUGGGGGGGAAAAUGUUUUUUUGUUUACAUGGGGAAAAUACAAUGUACAAAACAUUAGGAACACCUCCCUAAUAUUGAGUUGCAGCCUCUUUCGCCCUCAGAACAGCAUCAAUCGUCAGGACAUGAACUCUACAAGGUGCCAGAAGUGGUCCACAGGGAUGCUGGCCCAUGUUGACUCCAAUGCUUCCCACAGUUGUCAAGUUGGCUGGAUGUCUUUUGGGUAGGGGACCAUUCU